CAAAAAUUUAAAUUUCACCUAACAACUUAUAUCCACCAAUUAUAUAAAAUUUUGUUAUAUGGUAUGGGAUGCUUUUACAAAGAUGAAUAGCUAUUUUGAAGUAAUAUGUCGUUUCAGAUUUUGCAGAUUAAAGCUAAAUCUACCGACAGAAGUUAAGGAUACAAGGGUAAGUUCAAACGACACCACCUAUAAAUGGAAAAGGCGAACAACACCACUACAAACCCCAAAAGACAGAUAUCUAACAAAGAAAAACAGGAAGAUGGGUUUGGUUACAGAUGAAGUGAGAGCUAGGGCAGAGAAAUACACAGGAGAUGAGUUAUGCCGCGAGAAGACUAAGGUGUUCCUCAAGGAGGCCAAUAUGCCGAAUGGGUUAUUGCCAUUGAAGGACAUAGAAGAGGUUGGGUACGACAGGGAAACAGGUGUUGUGUGGCUGAAGCAGAAGAAGAGCAUCACUCACAAGUUCGAAACUAUUGGGAAACUUGUCUCUUACGGCACUGAGGUCACUGCCGUGGUGGAAGUCGGAAAGAUCAAGAAGCUGACCGGUGUCAAGGCCAAAGAGCUUCUUAUUUGGGUCACUCUCAGUGAGCUUGUCUUGGAGCAGCCAACAAGUUCAGGUAAGAUCAAUUUCAGGACGCCGACUGGUCUGUCCAGGACUUUUCCAGUUUCAGCAUUUGUGGUUCCUGAGGUUGAGAAGCCUGCAAUGGAGAAGAACAAUGCAACCACUGAAGUUAAAGAGGCUGUUGCAGUCAGCGAUGCUUAGUUACUUAAGCGGCACUCUCUUUUUUUAAUUAUCUUAUUCAUGUAAUACUUUCUGCUUCUGCUGCUUAAUUUUCUACAUUAAUAAGAGUUAUGGUUCCACU